UACCGACAUUUCGAAAAGAUCGCAUCUAAAUUCUAAACACCUUCAAUGGAUUCCGGCCACACUUUUAUUUAAACAAAAAAAAUCUGAGCUUGGCAUCUUCUUCGCUCUCCUCUCUUCUCUGCUUAAAAACUACUAUUCCCCUUAGACGGAUCGCUAGAUAUUCUCGGAAUCUUCUCUUUCUUCUCUAAAAAAUAUUCUCUCUUUCUCUCUCUCAUUCUUCUUUCCUUCAUUGACAGUUCAUUUCUAUCUGUAAUUUCCUAAACCCCAGAUAGAGUCGAAAGCAUGUGUGUGCAGCACACAGACGAAUUAUCAGGGGAAAGUAUGGAAAACCAAGAAAAGUCUUGGCAGGGGUUCUUAAACUCCCACGUCAAGAAUUGGGAACAAGAUUCGCCUUCACCGAGGAGUACCAAUGAUCAGGUUUCUUCAGGAAAUGAUGCUGCCAUACUCAAUUCAUCUCCUGUACUCGAAAGCAUUUGUGAGGACUCAGUGGUUGUAGACAGUAAACAGAACAAUUCAGGGAACUUUGUUCCAGCUAUUCGGUCAGGAGAAUGGGCUGAUAUUGGAGGUCGCAACUACAUGGAGGAUACCCAUGUGUGCAUUUCUGAUCUGGCUAAGAAAUUUGGUUAUGAUGUCCUUGACAGAGAGGCUGUUUCCUUCUUUGGUGUAUUCGAUGGACAUGGAGGAAAAGGUGCUGCACAAUUUGUCCGUGACAAUUUGCCAAGGGUCAUUGUGGAGGAUGCUGAUUUUCCUUUGGAACUUGAAAAAGUGGUCAUGAGGUCAUUUAUGGAGACAGAUGCUGAAUUUGCAAGAAAAUGCUCCCUGCAGUCUGCCCUGUCUUCCGGCACAACUGCUCUGACUGCGAUGAUAUUUGGGAGAUCUCUGCUUGUCGCAAAUGCUGGGGAUUGUCGGGCCGUGUUGUCACGAGUUGGAGUUGCCAUAGAAAUGUCAAGGGAUCAUAGACCCUGCUGUAUAAAGGAAAAGAAGCGCGUUGAAUCCUUGGGUGGCUUCAUUGAUGAUGGUUAUUUGAAUGGGCAAUUGGGUGUAACCCGGGCUCUUGGGAAUUGGCACCUUGAAGGGAUGAAGGAAACUAGUGAGCGAGGUGGACCAUUAAGUGCUGAGCCGGAACUGAAAAUGAUUACAUUAACCAAGGAGGAUGAGUUCUUGAUCAUCGGCAGCGAUGGAGUAUGGGAUGUGUUUUCAAACCAAAAUGCCGUUGACUUCGUUAGGAGGAGACUUCAGGAGCACAAUGAUGUGAAGCUGUGCUGUAAGGAAAUGGUGGAAGAGGCAAUAAAGCGAGGGGCAAUAGAUAAUCUCACAAUUGUGAUAGUAGGCUUCCACUCAGACCCACCUCCCCCUUGUUUGGUGCGAAAGGGUAUGGUGAGGAGGAGUAUAUCUGCAGAAGGGCUUCACAAUCUUAGAUGCCUUUUAGGAGAGAACUAAAUUAUGAGUAGGUUACUCUCAGGAGUGUCUGUAUAUAAUUCUUACGGGAAGUAAAUUUUGGGUAACAAAUUUCUUGCCAGGUGCUUAUACUUUCAACUUGUAUAUUCUUAAUUGUUAAAAAGCUGUUUUUGGAUUGUUCUAUGCAAGAAUUCAUAGGAUGAAAAGGCAACUUAGGCAUUCAAUAUUUG